AUGGAAAAUACGACGAUGGCUGAGAGUAGUGUAAAUGGCGUAGAUCAACUGGUUGAAUACCGAAUACAGGUACGUUAAUAUCACCAUAACUUUUUUAAAUUUAAUUGUAAAUUUUUAAAAUUUUAUAGUGUUAUUCUUAACAUGUCAAGGCGUUACUACAGUAAAUUUUAGAUAUUUUGGUGUUUAGUGGCAAAAGUUAUGACAUAAAAUCCGUUACAUACUCAGUUUUGAUUUUUUCUUUCAAUUUUAACUUUAAAAUAUAAAAAAAGCAAUUUUCAGAUGUACAGGAUAGUAAUCCCAGUCUUCUUGUUGAUCAGCUGUUUCGCCGUCCUAGCCAAUGGAAUUGUGAUUUGGGCGUUACGGGGUACCAAAGUCAGGAAUGCCACAGUAACCCUGAUAUUGUCACUUACUGUAUCAGAUAUGUGGACCAGUUCGAUUGUAGCUUGUUCUCUACUGUAUAACAGUUACUUGCCCACAGUCCAGGGAACCGCAGUAAACCCAUGUUUCUCGUUAUUACUUGAAAUGUUGCGAACUGGAGGGCUGAUUACCGGGACAUUACAGUUGUUGUUGAUAGCUGCUCAUCAUUACAUCAGCAUCGUGCGGCCACAUAGUAACAAGAAAAUGCUCAAAAAUGUCGGUGAGUAUUUUGAUAAGUUUUUAGGUAUUUUUUAAUGUUAUGGGGUUAUGUUUUGAACGCUUUUUGGAGGGUUAUGAUGAAUUUAAAUUGAAGUAUACUUCAGUUUGAGUAUAACGGAAAAAAUACUUGUUUUUUCCAAGUUUAUAGGAGACAAUAAGCUAUCAUUUUGGUCAUAGAUUAUUAAUACUAUCUAACACAGGUAUGCAAAAUUUUAGUUGAGAAUUUGCACUUUCAACUUUAUUUUUGACCUCUAGUAUAAAAAUUUUAAAAUCUCAAAAAACUUGGAUUUAAAGCCUUCUUUUCAGCCCUAAUCCUCUGCCUAGCCGCGUGGAUCCUCCCACUGACAGUACUGUUUGCAUUAUCACUGACUUUUGAAGAUCAGGGCUUCUACAACUGCUACAAUGUGCGAUUUUACCAUAGUAGAGUAUUUCGAACAAGUGUUUCCGUCCUUUUAUUGAUCAUCUUCUUGAUGAUCAUGUACUGCUACAGCAAGUUGGUAGGUUGACAUAUGCUUUUAGGUUGUUUUUAAUUGUUUUGAAUAUAUGCCGUUAUCUAAAAUUUAAUUUCUAAGUUUUAAACACUUGAAGUCAUGUAAACGUAUUUUACCAUAAAUUCCCUAUAAUAACACCCACUCAUUUCACAAAUUCUAUUAAUAUAACCUUCUAUAUUUCAGUUAUGCAUUCUCCGUACCCAAAGUGCAAAAUGGCGUUCGAAAUCCGCCCAAAAUCGUAUGACACGAGAGAACAAAACCCUGUGGACUGCCAUCUUGAUCUGCUCCAGCUUCUUCGUCGGCUGGGCCCCAGCCACGAUUCAUUUCACCAUUACCUGCAACACCUGCGACUUGUUGCGAGAGCAACGCUUCCGAGUAUUGUUCUUGUUCAGCUGCAUUCAAUUGUCCUUCAUCUUGGGGAAGUCGCUUCUGAAUCCGCUGAUUUACUCGUUGCGGAUUCCAGAAGUCGAUGCUCAGAUCCGCGACAUCUUCGGAGGGUGGAGUGAAUGCUUGAGGCAGAGCAUACGGUAAGGUUUUGAAGCUUUUAAAGUUUUGGCUUUACUUUUUUCAAAAAUAAUUGAUAACUAGUGUUACUCCAGUGACUUUAAGCUACCUCAAGGUUUAUAUCAUUAUGUAUUAAAGUUUUCUGCUAUUUUACUCUUACUCACCAACAGUUCAUUUCAUAGCCUAGCAUUAAAUUAUGUCAUAAGUCCAUUUCCAACCUCAUAUAUGACCAAAGUAUCUUUUCUAUAUGACCAAAAAAGUCCAUUUAACCCAUCAUUUAUGACCAAAAGUAUCCAUUUCCAACCUCGUCUCUCCCUAAUUAUGUCAUCCGAAUCCACGAGGAAACCAUGAAUUGAAGACUUUGGCCCAGCGAUUAAUUAAUUCUGAAGGCGCGACUCCAAAGAUUAUCCGUCAUUAAUUGUAAUUCACUUAACAUGAUAGUUACGGAAUACAAAUAUAUUAAUAGUAACUACUUAUUGUUACCACAGGAACGUAGACACUAAUACCAUAUGGUAAUAUGGUCUUAUAAAUCCAUUGUAAUAUGGUCUUGUAAACCCAUUGGUACAUUAAUAUAUUAUGUUGGUCUCUUGCCAAUAAUCCUUAUAAAGUAACAUUGAUUAGCUGUUCAUUGUAACCAUAUUAAUCAUGAUAUAGUAAAGAUACUGGUAAUCCUAAUAUAGUAACAGCGAUGAAUCCUCUAAUUAUGACAUCCUUCCGGGUUUUAAUGGGUCCAACUUUCAAGAAAUUAAAUGUAACACCCCCUCUGUAGGUAUACCAACAGAUUUACAUGCUUUUUAUGAUUAAAAAACACUUUUCUUAAUGCUUUAACUCUAGAACUUUACUAAGAAACCGCAAAUAAUGAAAAUCGAGUUAUAACCAGUGGUAUAUAUACAAACAUAGCGCAAAAAAAUCUAAGACUUAUGGUGUAAAAAUUUUUUGCCAACAAUCUCUAGUUUUUGAGAUAUGGCAGGUCAAAGUUUGGUUUUUUAAAUACUUUUGUCUCAUGUUCGCUUUUUUAGCGCAGAGCAUAAGCUCUUCAAUGGCAGCGAGCGAGUGAGCCCGACUUGGACUCGGAAGCUCAAGGGUUCGGUUCCCGUCGGCUUCUAAAGGCUAAAACGCCUCAAAAAUGUUUUUUGUUUUUUUUUUCUAUUUUAAAGUUAAUAACUACAGUCUUAAAACUAAACAUAAGUAACAUUUUGAACAUAAGAAAAAAGAAUAUAACAAAAUUUAAAACUAAAUAAUUCAUAAAAAAAGAAAAUUUCAACAAUAGUUGUUCAUAACAUUCGUAUUAUUUCACUUUCACCGUUAUGGUGGACAUUAAUGAUGUGUACUUCACCAUUUCUUGUACGUUACUAUCCCAAAAUUCGUUCAUAUUUUCAUAAUUUUCUGGCAAUAAGAUAUCAGAGUCUCUCAACAUUAACAACUUACUGUACAGAAUUUGGAAAGAGGUCUCUUCUCUUCUAGUAGCUUUAGAAAUAUCAGUAACUGACGUCAACUUGACCACCAAUAAUAUUAAUGUCCACCAUAACGGUGAAAGUGAAAUAAUACAAAUGUUAUGAACAAUUAUUGUUGGAAUUUUCUUUUUUUAUGAAUUAUUUAGGUUUAAAUUUUGUUAUAUUCUUUUUUUCUUAUGUUCAAAAUGUUACUUAUGUUUAGUUUUAAGACUGUAGUUAUUAACUUUAAAAUAGAAAAAAAAAACAAAAAACAUUUUUGAGGCGUUUUAGCCUUUAGAAGCCGACGGGAACCGAACCCUUGAGCUUCCGAGUCCAAGUCGGGCUCACUCGCUCGCUGCCAUUGAAGAGCUUAUGCUCUGCGCUAAAAAAGCGAACAUGAGACAAAAGUAUUUAAAAAACCAAACUUUGACCUGCCAUAUCUCAAAAACUAGAGAUUGUUGGCAAAAAAUUUUUACACCAUAAGUCUUAGUUUUUUUGCGCUAUGUUUGUAUAUAUACCACUAGUUAUAACUCGAUUUUCAUUAUUUGCGGUUUCCUAGUUAAUGAAAAAAUCCUUCAGGUGGAAGCACCAAGCCCUGAUGCAAAGAAGUGUCAGCAAAAAGUCGGCAGUUCAUCGCUUGGCUCCAGAAGAACGCUUGUUAGAGCAUGUUAGCUGGAACGUUGACAGCUCUCAGGUCCCGGUCAACACGGAGCAAGUUUUGUCACGGUACGACUACGUGAAUCCUGAGCCAGUGUGA